CCACACCAUGGCAAUCCACAUAGCCAGUCUCCUCCCCGUCUUCUCGCAAAAAUAAAAUGCAAGUAUGCAUCCAGUAAAACAUCCCAAAUUAUAAAUACUAACAAUGAUGCCCUCCAAGCCACUUGAAGGAUGGCCAAAGGUAUCCAGGAAAUCUGGAUUACCCACAAUACCACUGAAGACACCCUGAUCAUAACCAAAUAGCACGAAGGCCAGUUGACAAGCAAUAGUGAUGGCCGCGCGGAGUCUGAAUCCUUUGCCAUACCAAUCGUAGUGUGGUGUUUUAAACAUGGUGGACUCCAGUGGUUAGGACGAGCACGCUACGCCGAUGAUGAAUGCUGAGAGCCUUAGAAAGGGGAGAUGGAAGGGAAAGGACUUAAGGAAGGUCGAACGCCCACCCACAGCUCCUACAUAUAUAAUUUUGAUGCUGACGCUUUUACUCAUGACUGCCCUCAUUAAUCCUAUCCCCUACUCGAAACCGAGCUGCAAUUGGUGGGUAAACCUCCCCUUUUCAGACCAUAUCGUACCACUCCAAUCUCUUAACGUCGACAUUCUCUCCGUAAAUGUGGGAGUGCGGGGGCGCAUUGAUGACUUAAGCGUCUUCCCCGAAGCGGGUAUUCCGGCGGAGCCGCGAUUCAUGAAGGUUUAUUCACGAGGGAACAAUCCUGAAAGUGGAAAGUGGAGGCAUUGGAUUCCUAAGAGGGGAAGUGUGCUUCGCUGCAGACUGUUAAGUUCCCAAUGUUCUGAGCUCGGAGUUGAGAUAUGCCUGGAGCCUGCUCUUUGUCAAUCUCCAGUCCAGGACAAAGACCAGCACAUAAUUCAGCACGACGCCUACGUGAAUAUCUUCCCUGCUUCGAAAAUUGCGUACAGAGGUGCUCCCGCUAUUCAUUUCCCGGAACAAGGGCCGACAGGAUCCGGCUUGAGCAGAGCCAGGUGUUGUCAAUGGGGAUGGCGGCAAGCAACACGAGAAAAUCUUCUAUUGGAAAUAGAUCCUAAUUUGAUGCUUAUGGCUUGGGCCCUAAGUCCCGAAACCGACUUCAAAUGCGUGGAAGAGUAA